AUGGCCAAGUUGCAGGUUUCAUAUAUAUCCACCAAAGAUCUAACUCGUCUUGGAGUAGACUCUGGUGAUGGAUGUAAGUUGAAGGACACAGGGUUACCCGAGUUUCUAUCAUCGACGGCCGCAGGAUGGAACGCGAGGUUCAUAGUGGAAACAUGGUUCUACGGUGAGCCCAUAGAGGUGAGUGUAGGCCUAGCGAUUGCAGCACGCCACACGGGUGGAAGACACGUGUGCAUUGUCCCUGAUGAACGCUCCAAGGUGGAGUACUUAUACGCAAUGGCCCAGAUGGGGGUGCUACCGGGGCCGGAGGUGGUGGUCGGAGAGGCGGCAACGGCGGUGGCGCAGCUUGCGGGGUUGGAGUUUCUGUUGGUGGAUAGUAGGCAGAGGGAGUUCGCUAGGGUUCUCACAGUGGCUAGGGUUAGUCCAAGAGGUGCUGUUUUGGUUUGCAAAAAUGCACAUGAGAGAAACUUUUCUGGCGUUUUCAGAUGGAACUUGGUGCUUCGCCAGGAUGUGCCCUUUGAAAGGUCCGUCUUCUUGCCGUUUGGGAAUGGUGUGGAUAUUGCCUACAUAGCUGCACCACCAAUUCCUUCAAACUUAUAA